AUGUUGGACAUAGGUUUUGGUUGGGCAUCUUUUGGUGGUGUUGUCAUUGUAUUUUGUUAUAUUAUUAAAAUAUUAUUAUCACUAAAAUAUUGGUCAGAUAAACAUGAAUCUGAAAGAUUGACUACAUUUGUCACUGUAACAGGUCUUACAUUGACACUUAUGUGUGUUAUGCUUAUUCCAGUCGAUAUUCUAAAUGUAUCUACAAUGUCGAAUUCCUCUGUUAUGUAUGCAUGUAUUUUAGCAUUUGCAUUAAUUAUCAUACCUUUUACCUAUUUCUACUAUGAAGAGGAUGAUUAUGAUGUAUCUACAGGUGCAAGAGUGUUGGGUGGUUGUAAAUACACUGCAUUCUUGAUUGUGUUUACUGUGGUGUUGUUGGUGGUCGGUGCUUUCAUCAGACCGGGAUCGAGCAAGCCAGUCGAUAACCAGAACAUCAAAGAUUGGAUAGAACAGGAACUGGCUAAUCAGAAUGCAGCAGAGGGAUCACUGAUGUUUGCAAUUGCAUGUCUAACUCUACUUGGAUUCGUUGUUUGGAUCUGUUACACUGCCUACGGUUUCUCUGCAUUCCCAAUCGGUUUGAUCAAGGGUAAGCGUCGUGUCAGUGAUGAUCGUCGUGAGAUCAACGAUGAUCUCCACAAGACCAGAGAAAAGGCAAAUUACUUCAGAUCAAAGUAUGCCUCUGGUAAAACAAUGUCUGCCGAUGAAGAAGCAACAAUGAAUCUAUUAAAAUCAAAAGAAAGAGUAUUAUCUAAACAUUCAGCAAGAUUGGAAUCAUCAAAUUCUGGAAUUAAAAAGAUUUUAGUUAUUUUCCGACCAUUCGCUUUCAUAUUUGGAUUCUUCUUCCUUCUCGUCUCGAUCUUGAUUAUCAUUUCAAUCGUACUUUCCAUUAUCGACAAACUUUCAAGCUCUGUCUGUGGUGCUGCAUGUGGUUUCCUUACCGAUUAUCCAAAUUUGAAGAAUCCAAUCGAUUUAAUGUUAAGUUCAACUGCUCCAUAUUUCCCAUUGGAUUAUAUUCUUCUUGGAUUAAUCAUUGUAUAUAUCUAUGCAGUUACAAUCUCUGGCAUCGUUAGAAUUGGAAUUAGAUUCUUGUGGAUCAAGAUGUACGAGUUUGCACCAUCAAAGACCGUUCCACAGGGAUUGUUGAUUGCUUCAAUUCUCUUGAUGCUCUCCAAUCUAUGUUUGAAUAUUCAGAUCAUUCAGCUCGCUCCACGUUACAGUUUGUUUGGUACCCAAGUAUGGUACAAUGCAACAAGCAACACUGUCCAACCAUGCUCGAUCGACGCUCCAACCGACCUCUGUGUCAUGUCACAGAUCGGACUAUUGACCUCACGUAUUGAAAUGGGUACCUCAUUCUUUGGUAUCGUUUACUACUAUGCCACCUGGGGUAUUGUUGGUGCAUUCCUCAUUGGUACUUUAGUUUCCAUUUUCAAACGUCGUGAUAGCAAUCUCCAAUCGUUCAACAACGAUAGUGAUGAGGAAAUUUAA